AUGAAGCACUCUCAGGGAUUGAAAAGUGAUGUGAUCUAUAAACAGAGCAUUUUUAAGAAACUAAGAGAUGGCCUGGAUGCAUUUAGAGCUUUCCUGAAAUCAGAAUUCAGUGAAGAAAACAUUGAAUUUUGGCUCGCUUGUGAGGACUUCAGGAAAACAAAGUUAGCAGCUACAAUUGCUUCAAAAGCCCAAAGGAUUUACUCUGAAUUUAUCCAAGCUGAUGCACCACGGGAGAUAAACAUUGACUUCAAUACCAGAGACCGCAUCACGCAGGCUAUUUCGAAACCAACUCUCAGCUGUUUUGACGAUGCUCAACAAUUAAUCUACACCCUCAUGGCCAAAGAUUCCUUCCCGCGGUUUCUGAAGUCAGAAGCUUAUAAAGAACUGGUAAAUAAGGAGCUGAAGAGAAGGCAAAAAAGGUGGCUGCCAUUUUUGUAA